AUGGAGGCGCUCUCCGCGCCCCUCCGCGCCAUCGCCGCCGGAUCCCGCGUCGCCGCGUCCGACCCCGUCAAGGGAUGGCGCCGGAUCCCGCGUCGUCGGAUCCCGCGUCGCCGCGUCCGACCCCGUCAAGCUCGCUCGCUCGCGCGGUUGGGUGGGUCGCAGGUCUCGUGCGUGAGGAGCACUGGCUCAACUCACUUCGGCUGCGCCUUCCCCUACGUCAGGGCCUCCUCUUCGGCGAACCUUGAGCCGCUGAGGGCGAUAGCCACGCAGGCGCCCCCUGCCGUGCCACAAUAUUCGAGUGGGGAGAAGACAAAGAUUGACAUCAACGGGUUUGGGCGGAUUGGUAGGUUGGUCCUGCGAAUUGCAACCAGCAGAGAUGAUAUUGAAGUUGUGGCUGUGAAUGACCCUUUCAUUGAUGCUAAGUACAUGGUAAGGAAGCUAAUUCUUAUUUUGGUUAUAAUAUUUCACAUGUCAGAUUCUGGACAUUUCAUUUGACAACAAUGAGCUAAUUAAGAGUUUUGUUUGCAUUUUCCUUCUGAUCAUUUGGGAACUGCUCUACCUGAGCAGAGAUACACAGUUACGGCCCUGACUACAACACUAGCUCAAUUGAAAUAAUUCUCUUUAAUCUGAUGCAAACCAA